AUUCAGAGAGACCCACCAACCCAGCGGAUUCCAGCGAGGGCGGAAUGAAGUGGGCUCCAAGCACCCUGAGCACCCUCUUCUUCUUCUCACUUCCCUCCUCUCUCUGGGUUGGAUUGGUGGGUUGGCCAGAUCUGGGAGAUCUGGGAUAUCUGAAAAAUCUUCAAAUCCUCAUUCAGCUGUGAUCCGGCAGGCAAGAGGGUCACUUCUCUUCGUCCGACUUUUCGAAGAACGACAGCCAAGUGUGAAAAAUACUGUGACAAGCGUUGUGUGCGUGAGAUAGGGGAAUUACAAGCCUCUAUCCACCGAAAAGACUUGUCCUAACCAAAGUUCAACCUGGAACGCCGUCCUGAAGGACGAGGCUGUCCGCUACGGCUCGAUCCUCCGAGGACCUGGCCGAGAUCAAAGCUGGAUCAUCAUCCAUCCGCGAGCUCAUGAUGGCGGCCAAUCGUCGGGGUCUCCAGAUUCCCAACACUACCAGCAAUGUCUUCGUUGUGACCACGAACAACGCCUCCAUUCAGUCGACCACCUCCACCUCCACCCCCAUAUCCUCCUCCUCGUCGUCGUCGUUUUGUCGUCGAGCGCCAGGAAUUCGGGCCUCUCCACAUUUCCCGGCUCCAGAUCCAUUCCCAGCAUUCUCAGCCGAAAGAGAAAAGCUGACGUUCUCGAGGACAAAAGCAUGGAUUUAGCCAUGGGCCGAACUUCAAGCUCUUUUUCGAGCUUUCCUUCGAGAAGCAACUCCAUGGCCGACAUUGACGAGAAUGAUUGUCUGAUCAUCUCCGAGAACCGUCCACCGCCCUCCAAGAUGAACCCAACUCUCGGAGCAUCAACCUCAUCCACAGGUUUAUCUAUGCGAACGCCCUGUCUUCACUCCAGAACAGUUUGAAUAAUGGCAAUGGCCUAAAGCCCAGUGAUAAUGUUGGCUCAGCCUCCCUCAUGCGAAUACCCCGUCCUCUUCCUAAGUUUCAAACCCGAAAGAACUACAAACCAAAAUAGCUUUGCUCAAGCGACGAAAAAGGUUGUCCUCCGACAAUCCUGGUCAGAAUUCCGUGAAUUCAUCCGCACUUCUACGGACAAUUCCCGGUCCAAGACACCCUUCCCCGCUUUGAAGUGGGCCAAUGAGCAAACAAUGUGGGAUUUUAUUUGCAAGAAAGAAUCUGGGAUGUAUAAGCGGAAAACGGGUGACGAGAUCCUAGCUCGACACUCUGCCCUUCAAUCCCGAAUGAGAGCGAUCCUGUUCGAUUGGUUAAUCGAGGUCUGCGAGGUUUACAAACUUCAUCGCGAGACAUUCUAUUUGGCUGUAGAUUUUAUUGACAGAUAUCUCUCAUCGCGAAAGAAUAUGCCCAAGACCAGAUUACAAUUGAUCGGCGUGACGUGUCUCUUCGUUGGAGCCAAGAUCGAAGAGAUCUACCCUCCCAAGCUCAGUGACUUUGCUUACGUGACGGAUGGAGCUUGUUCAGAAGAGGAGAUUUUGGCCAUGGAGCUAGUCGUUUUGAAGGAGCUAAAGUGGGGUUUAUCGCCAAUGACUCCUCAUGGAUGGAUAAAGAUGUUCAUGCAAGUGUCCAAUUGUGACAACUCCCCGUCUGCGAGCGAGACUUUUGUGGUCCCCCAGUUCUCAGGAUUGCCAUUUGCCAGGGCCAUGCAGCUCCUCGACAUUUGUAUUUUGGACAUCGAGAGCCUCUACAAAUAUUCGGUAAUUGCUGCCAGUGCACUAGCUCAUUUACAUUCUCGAGAGUUGGCCCUAGCCGUGUCAGGCUACCAAUGGUCCGAUAUUGCCCACUGUCACCUCUGGAUGUCGGCCUUUGUCCAAGCUCUGCGUGACGAAUCCCCUCUUCAGCCCAAGAUGUUUCACAACAUCCAAAUUGAAAACCAACACAACAUUCAAUCCCAUAGUGUUGAGCUCUCCACGCUAGACCGGGCCCAUGAAUACCUGACGCAACAAAAGGACAUGGCCACACGUCGAAGUUCUACCCCGAGCCCAUGAAUACGUCUUGCCCUCGACGAUCUCCAGUGGAACAAUGACCCCUCCAAGUAGUGAAAGAAAAGAUUUCGAACGCAUGGAACACGUCACACCGGCUACGCCUACUUCAUCUAAAUCCACCACUGGAUUACUUGGUUGUCAAAAUGAUGUUCACUUCCAACAGCAAAUUCCCCAAGGAUUCCCCUCAGUGUUCCUAACGCCAGAAACGCCGAAUGCAUUGAGACCCAUGAACCAUAACCAGCCAAAGCUCCACUGACCGUUGAACUGAUGCAAUUUCUGAUUAUUGCUCAAUUUUUAAGGAAACAAAUGAACUCAUCAGUGGUCUGGAAAAUGUUCUAGCCCAGCGGCUUUUCAAUGCUAAAUAUCGCUCCCUCUCCCCAUCCUCGUUUCCAACUCGGUGAAAUAAUUUGACUCCAUGAUCUCAACGAUUUUGCUCCUCAUUUUCGAGGGGCACGCUUUUUGGGACCACCAAUACGCUUAUUACGAUAAUUUUCAAAUUAGAAAUGCCUAAUUGCUCGUCCCAAUGUCAACCCCCUACCUGUGGCAUUAAUGUUUUCAACUCGGGGUCUCUAGUGUCUGUUGAAUCCUAAGGUUUAUUGUUGUAAGGCUAUUGGUUUCAACUGCCACUUAAAAUUCCAUGCCUCGUGCUAAAAUUUGAAGUCAGGAAAAACCAAAAAAAUAAUGAAAAACAUAUCUCUAGGUAAUUAUUUCUGAAGACACCUGUGUAAUACCGAAAAUCCUAUUAAUCUGUUUAGGUGAAAUAAAUCGCGAAUCAAA